AUGACAACUGUAAAGAGCCUCAAAAAGCCGCCUGGAAGUGUAGACAAGGCGGAUAGUCAAGUAGUAGAGAUCGAACAACCAAAGCCACCGACGCCUUCUUCGCCGCCAAACCCGGUUAGAGAGGCGUUUGUGGCUCCAUUCGUAAAAACUCAGAUGCAGCGGUAUUCUCUCCGAAAAGAGCCAGUUCACCCUAGACCAAUCGGGCGGAAAAUCAGACCACCACGUACAAUAAUACAAAAGCCAAGCAUUGUUAAUAUACGGGUUUUGCGGAUUAAAAAACCGAUGCGAUUGCAACGGCGGACGGCACUGGCAGAACGAGAUUCGAAGCUAGAAAGGGACUCGGAUUCUGAAAUGGAAACAAUUAACUUGCGACAGUUGCCACUAAAAGCAGAUCCGCCCAUAGGAACUAUAAAGCAAGUCACACAACAGCUCCUAGUCAUCGCCGAAAAUGAAGAACCAUUACUAGCUACGCCAAAACCGGACCAUGAAGCCAAAUUGGUGCAGUCAAUUUCUCUGAAGCAGCCUCCGCCGAAACCAGUUCUGCCGAUGACAACUAUAAAGGAGGUCAAACAGGCGCCUAAAAUAUUAGAAAAGCCAAUCGCCGUCAUAAAUCCGGUGACUGAACAACGAUCACCAACACAAUCACCAACCCCAUCGCCGCCGCCAAAACCGGAUCCUAAACCGGAUCCUAAACCGACAACCCAGAUUAAUACGGAUAUUGGCCAUUUACCCGAGACACCAUAG